CUCACCCUGGUCCCCCGCCUGCCGUCUCGUCUCCUCCAUUUCCCCGUCCCACCAACGACCGCUCUCCACUCGCCCGCUCGUCCGCCUCCGCCGCCGCGUAAACCCCCCGAACCCUCCCCGCCAGCAAUGGCUGUCUCGCCGGAGGAGUUUCGUGGCCAGGCGCGCCUCCCCCUGUUCGCCUCCCCGCUCCGCUACGACCUCCGCCUCCGCCCCGACCUCUCCGCAUGCGCCUUCUCCGGCGCCGCGGCCGUCGUCGUCAUCAUCUCCGCGCCCACGCGCUUCCUCGUCCUCAACGCGGCCGAGCUCGCCGUAGACCGCUCCUCCAUCCGCUUCCAGGCAAACGCACGCCUUUCACCCUCGGAGGAUUUGGCGCCGUCCGAGGUGGUGCAGUUCGAGGAGGACGAGAUCUUGGUCGUCGGAUUCGACCGGGAGCUGCCCGUCGGCGAGGGCGUACUCACGAUGGACUUCACCGGGACUCUGAACGAUCAGAUGAGGGGAUUCUACAGGAGCAAGUAUGAGUAUAAUGGGGAGUCAAGAAACAUGGCGGUUACACAGUUUGAAGCUGUUGAUGCACGGCGGUGCUUUCCAUGCUGGGAUGAGCCUGCAUUUAAGGCUAAAUUCAAGCUAACACUAGAAGUUCCAUCUGAGCUGGUAGCCUUAUCCAACAUGCCAGCAGUUAAGGAGACAGUUAAUGGACCUCUCAAGACCAUUUAUUACGAGGAAACACCACUUAUGUCAACUUAUCUAGUUGCCAUAGUUGUUGGUUUAUUUGAUUACAUAGAGAGUUCGACAUUACAGGGCACCAAAGUUCGUAUAUACACUCAAGUUGGCAAGAGUAAUCAAGGAAAGUUUGCACUAGAUGUUGCCGUGAAGUCACUGGAUCUAUAUAAAGAUUAUUUUGCCACUCCUUACCCGCUACCUAAGUUGGAUAUGAUUGCUAUCCCGGAUUUUGCUGCUGGGGCCAUGGAGAACUAUGGGUUGGUCACUUACCGGGAAACAGCUUUGCUUUAUGACGAGCUAUUAUCUUCAGCAUCCAACAAACAGCAGGUCGCAAUAACUGUUGCACAUGAGUUGGCUCACCAAUGGUUUGGGAAUCUUGUAACCAUGGAAUGGUGGACUCAUUUGUGGCUAAACGAGGGUUUUGCUUCCUGGGUGAGCUACUUGGCAGUAGAUUCUUUAUUUCCUGAAUGGAAUAACUGGACCCAGUUCCUUGAUGAGAUGACCUCUGGCCUCAAACUUGAUGCACUUGCAGAAUCUCAUCCAAUUGAGGUUGAAAUAAACCACGCCAGUGAAAUUGAUGCAAUUUUUGAUUCCAUAAGCUAUGAUAAGGGAGCUUCUGUUAUUCGCAUGCUACAAAGUUACCUUGGCGCAGAGCGUUUUCAGAAAGCUUUGGCUUCAUAUAUCAAGAAGUAUGCCUACUCAAAUGCUAAAACUGAAGACCUAUGGGCUGUUCUUGAGGAGGAAUCUGGGGAGCCCGUUAAGGAUUUGAUGACUACAUGGACUAAGCAGCAAGGAUAUCCUGUUAUUUAUGCAAAACUUAAUGGACAUGAUUUGGAACUUGAACAGGUGCAGUUUCUGUCUGACGGAUCCUCUGGUCCUGGCAUGUGGAUUGUUCCUAUAACAUCAUGCUGUGGCUCAUAUGAUGUACAUAAAAAGUUUCUAUUGAAAGACAAGACUGAUACUGUGCAUAUUGAAGAGUUCACUGCCUCUCAAAGUGCUGAUGCAGAGAAGGGUAAAAACUUUUGGAUCAAAUUGAACAUUGAUCAAACUGGAUUCUACAGAGUGAAGUAUGAUGAAGAACUUGCAGCUGGACUUGUAAAUGCAAUCAAAGCAAAGAAGCUAUCUCUAAUGGAUAAGAUUGGUAUCGUGGAAGAUUCCUACUCCCUUUCUAUUGCUUGCAAGCAAACACUGACAUCCUUGCUGCGACUGUUGAAUGCUUAUCAUGACGAGUCUGAUUUCACUGUACUUUCACAUGUAACCUCUGUAUGCUUAGGCAUUUCUAAAAUAGCAGUUGACGCUACUCCUGACUUGAACAAAGAUAUCAAACAGCUUUUGAUCAAUCUUCUUUUGCCAACAGCCAAAAAAUUAGGCUGGGACCGCAAGGACGGUGAGAGCCAUCUGGAUGUAAUGCUUAGAUCACUGCUCUUGAUUGCCCUGGUCAGACUUGGACAUGAUGAAACUAUACAUGAGGGAGUUCGACGUUUCCACAUCUGCAUUGGAGACAGCAAAACUUCACUUCUUCCACCAGAUACUAGAAAGGCUGCAUACCUUGCUGUGAUGCGGACAGUUAGUACCUCAAGCAGAGCCGGUUAUGAUGCUCUCCUCAAAAUCUACAGAGAAACGGUUGAAGCACAGGAGAAGUCACGUAUUUUAGGCUCAUUGUCUUCAUCCCCAGACAAGGCUAUUGUUCUUGAGGCAUUGAACUUUAUGCUUACUGAUGAGGUACGGAAUCAAGAUUCAUUUUAUAUCCUCGGUGGCAUUAGCUUAGAAGGACGAGAAGUUGCGUGGGUCUGGCUGAAGCAAAAUUGGGAUCAUGUGUUCAAGACUUGGCGAUCGAGCUCACUCAUAUCAGAUUUCAUCAGCUCCGUUGUCUCACCGUUCACCUCUGAUGAGAAAGCUGUUGAAGUCUCCGAGUUCUUUGCCGAUCGCAUCAAACCGUCGUUUCAGAGAGCACUGAAGCAGAGCCUCGAGAGGGUGCGGAUCAGCGCGAGAUGGAUUGAGAGCAUCAGGAGCGAGCCCAACCUUGCUCAGACAGUGCACGAGCUGCUCCAGCGCUAGGCGUAACAUGCGGCUUGCUACAAACAACUGUUUCUAGCGUUACCACCUCAUGGGACCUUAUGGGAGUCGCGUCCGAAAGGAUUGCUGGGCGUGGUUGUUCUUACAGUGGUGCUUUGGGCGGUUUAACCUGUACCUUGUCUGUGUCGAAAAAAAGAAGUCAUCACGUUUGAUUCUAAGAGUGGUGUGCCAAGUCCAAGAUUGUAACAGCAAGAGUAAUAAAGCAAAAAAGUUAUUGUACA